AUGAUGGAGAAGAACAAGCAGUUAGAGGAUGACGAAGAUCCUGUCUGGAUCCCAAAGGCUUUCCGUCUAGGGCGUCUCAAGAAUGUGCUGGACGGAGGAGAGUAUGCCCCUUUUAUAACCCCUCCCAUACUGGAGAGCAAUUUUAUUCAGGUCAAUAGGAGAGGUGAGUCGAUUUAUCUGCAUAACCGAGCAAACUGGGUGACCAUCGGCAUCUGUUCUUCCAAUCCCGUCCUGAAGACCCCCAAUGUGAUGCUGUUGGCACAUCUGACACCAGAGGCUAGAAAAGAAUCAGAACCGCUCUUUAAACGCCUCCUGUCAUCUUCCUCCACAGACAAGCUGGUGCUCACCAGGUUUCUCCCUCUGCAGUUUGUGACUCUUUCUGUGCACAGUGCUAAGAACAUGCGACUCAAAGUUAAGCUGAUAAGUGGCCGAGCCUACUAUUUACAGCUCUGUGCUCCUGUAUAUAAACAGGAUAUCGUAUUUUCCCAGUGGGUGGACCUCAUCACCCUCUUGAACCAGGAGAAAGCCAGAACUUCCAAAGUAUCCGAGGUCUCCAGCCUCUCAGAAAUCACAAACAGCACAGACAUCACAGGCUCGAUGGACAUCAUGGACAUUACGGCGUUUGCAGAGCUGCAGGCUGUGCGCUCCCACACUCGCAUCUACUCCGCUGCCGUCACUCAAAGUGCAGACUUCUCAGAAUUUACAGAUGUUACGGAUAUCACUGAUGUCACUGAUGUCACCGAUAUCCCAGAAACUGGGGCCACAGAUGCUCCAGAUAUAAAAAUCGUCACAGAGGUCACGGAAGUCAUAGAAGACAAAGAGUCCCCGAAUGUCUCAGGGGUCACAGUAGUAUUUGAAAACGACGACAUAAUAAAGGCCAAGGAAGAGGAAAAGGCAAAUGUCCUGAGGCAUGGGUGUCUACGAGACAUGAAAAGUAAGAACGAGUUCAAAGAUGCCUCCAAACAUGUCACCAUCUCAGACCUAACACUCACUUUCCAAGGCGAAAAAUGUUUCCAGACUACGUUGACUCCUAUAAAAAGUGAGGAAAAUAUAUCCAUAGAAACGGGUGAUAAAGCCUUGGAAGAAAAGUUGACUGAUCUUCCAAAUGCGCGCCUCAAGACUACAGAAUCCAGAGGUUGUGGGCGGCCGGGCAGCCAGGAUGAACAAGCGGCUCCUUGCCACAUUCUGAGAGCAGCAGCAGUCUAUUAUUUCACACUGAUUGUGGUCAUCAUGUUAUCAGAGUGGAGCCUGCAACAGUUCCCUAAACAUCCAGGGAAGCUGGACAAGGAAUUUGGAGACAACGGUUUACUUGCAGUUCACAAAUUCUCACUUCUUUUUGAAGACUAUGAGCUAAGAGAGUUCAGUUACAUAAAUUUGGAAGUUGUCCAUCUGUACUCAGCGUCCACUGAGGAAUGUUCGAGAGAACGAAUGCGGUCUUUCGUGCGAGGAGGUGGGCUGAGGGAACUCCGCAGUCCGGGCGAGCGCUUUGGAGUUCGAGGCGCGGGAGUGCGCGCGGCCGAGAGCCCGGAGCCCAGAGCGGACCAAUGA